AAGAAACUCUUGGUUGUUAGUGACACGCCUAUAAAAAGCCAUGCUUACGUGGAUUACACAGAGUUUCAUCAAAACAACCGAUCAAACGAGGUGAAGGUAAACAAAUUGAAUUGAUCAAACGACGACGUUGAAGGUAAACCAAAGAUGGCAGACCCCGCCGGCGCCGGCGGCGAGCAGGAGGCGCCGUCGGUGGAGGCGGCGUUCGCGGGGCAGCCGCCGCCGCCGUGGUGGCAGCAGGUGACGGUGCGGGCGGUGGCCGUGAGCGUGGUGCUCGGCACGCUGUUCAGCUUCAUGGCGAUGCGGACCGGCCUCACCGCCGGCUUCGUGCCGUCGUUCAACAUGUCGGCGAGCCUCCUCAGCUUCUUCAUCAUCAAGUCGUGGACGCGGCUGAUGGCACGCUGCGGCGUCGCCUCCCAGCCCUUCACAAGGCAGGAGAACGUCGUGGUGCAGACAUGCGUGAUCUCCUGCGCCACAUUGUCAAUCUACGGUGGUUUCACGAGCUACCUGCUGGCGAUGAACGAGACGGUGGCCAAGGCGGCCGGCGGAGGAACGGACGGCCGGAAUGUGUACACGUUGCACACCGGGAAGAUCGUGGCCUUCCUCUUCCUCGUCACCUUCUCCAGCUUGUUCUGCACUCUGCCGCUGAGGAAUACAAUGAUCGUGGACUACAAGCUGAUAUACCCAUCUGGUUCAGCCGUUGCCGGCAUCGUCAACAGCUUCCACACACCCAAGGGAGCAACAAAAGCCAAAUUGCAGGUCAAUGCGAUGUUCAAAUCCGUGGCCGGGAGCUUCGCGUGGGCGUUCUUCCAGUGGUUCUACACGGGGGGAGACGGGUGCGGGUUCCAUGCUUUCCCGCUGUUCGGGCUCGAGGCGUACAAGGAGAAGUUCUACUUCGACUUCUCGGCGAGCCUCGUCGGCGUCGGCAUGAUCUGCCCCCACCUGAUCAACUUCUCCAUGCUCCUUGGGUCCAUCUCCUCUUCCGGGUUCAUCUGGCCCGCGUUACAGGCGAAGCAAGGGGAAUGGUACACCGAUCCUUCCCCGACCAGCUUCAAGGGAAUCAAUGGAUACAAGGUGCCCAUGGGGGUAUCCAUGGUGCUCGGGGAUUGCCUGUUCCAGCUAGGCGCCAUCACUGUCAAGGCGGUGCAGCACUACCGCAAGGGGCGGCAGGAGCAGAAGCUCGCCGUCGAUGGCGCGGCCGAUGACGGCGGCGGCGGCUGUGUCCCCGACGACGACGACGAGAACAAGUGGCACGCCACGUACGACGAGCGGCGCAGGAACCAGGUGUUCCUGAGCGACGGGAUCCCCGACCAAUUCGCCGUCGCCGGGUACGUCGCGCUGGCGGCGCUCUCGACGGCGCUGGUGCCGCGCAUCUUCCCGCAGAUCCGGUACCACCACGUCGCCGUCUGCUACGCGGUGGCGCCGCUCCUGGCGUUCUGCAACUCGUACACCUCCGGGCUGAUGGACUGGUCGCUGGCGACGGUGUACGGGAAGCUCGCCAUCUUCGUGGUCGGCGCGUCGGUCGGCGCCGCGUCGGGCGGCGUGAUCGCCGGGCUCGCCGCGUGCGGCGUCAUGAUGGUGGUCAUCGGCGACGCCGCGGAGCUGAUGCACGACUUCAAGACGGCGUACCUGACGCUCACCUCGCCGGUGUCCAUGUUCGCCAGCCAGGCGAUCGGCACGGCGCUCGGCUGCGUCGUCAACCCGGCCGUCUUCCUCGCGUUCCGGUGGCUCGCCGGCGCGGAACACCCGCCGGGCGACCCCAGGUCGGCGUACGCGGCGCCGAUGGCCGUCGCCUACCGCGGCAUCGCCGUGCUCGGCGUGGAGGGCGUCGGCACCCUGCCGAGGCACGCCAUCGCGCUGUGCGCCGCCUGCUUCGCCGCGGCGGUGUUCCUGGACACGGCGGGGGCGGCGGCGAGGGCGGCGCGGUGGAGGGUGGGGGGCUGGGUGCCGAACCCGAUGGCCAUGGCGAUCCCGUUCUUCGUCGGGCCGACGUUCGCCAUCGACAUGUGCGUCGGCAGCCUGCUGCUGAUGGCGUGGCGGAGGGCGGACAGGCAGGGCGCCGCGACGCUGGCCGUCGUGGUGGCGUCCGGGCUCAUCUGCGGAGAAGGGCUGUGGACGCUGCCGUCGGCGGUGCUCGCCAUGCUCAAGGUGCAGCCGCCCAUCUGCAUGAAGUUCCUCUCCAGAAGCCAGAUCCAGGAGGUGCGGCAGCACUUCGUGCUCGGCGCCGCGGAUAUCCAGCCCGCGGUGACGCUGACGCAUCAUCAUCAUCAAUGAUAUAAUAUACUGGAGUACUCAUCAUCAGCUUGUAAAUUGGCGGGAAUGAUCAUAUUGUUUUGAAUUGUGAGUAGGAGCACUAUGCCUGCUGAAAAGUGAGAAGUGAAAACUGCUGGUGUUGAACAAAUCAAGCACAUGAAAACGAAAACCUAAUAUGGACCAGGGACUACCUAUA